GACAUUAAAAAAGCCCUGUAUAAAGUUCUGGGAAGAUCGACAUUAUUUUUCGACCAGUUAGAAGCAAUUGUAAUUGAUAUUGAGAAAAAUGUAAACAACAGGCCACUCACGUACGUCGAAAGCGAGCAAGAAGAGGAACAAGUGUUUACACCAAAUACAAUUCUGUGGGGAAAAACGUGCAUACCAUUGACGAAUCAGACACGGAUAAUGGAGAAGUCGUGA